AGACGUCACAGUUGAGGUUCCAGAGACUUUGCCCUCAUGGCAGAUGCAGGACUACCACGGCUCUCUUGCCUUAUGGAUGGUGAUUCUUCUCGGACUUGCUGCGGGAUACAUCCGAGACCAAGGCGCUUGGAGCAGAGGCACAGCGUCCCGGAGGUCUGCCUCUGACAGCAACAUGACUGUCGUGCAGGAUGGGGAGUCCACGAUUUGUGCAGAAGGCUGUAACAAUACUUGCCGCGAUUUGGCAACAGUGAUGCGACACCUGCCCAGUUGUGAGGGGAUCCUCGGCAGCGACUGGACCAAGUGGAGCGGAGCAUGCUCCUGGGGAAGAGUUCGCAGCAGGUGUCCAGUCCAGAUGCCCGCUACCACCAUCGAAAUCCAGGUGCUUCCGAUCAAUAUCAGCCAGGAAGAGCAUCUCCUGCAGGCAGAAGAGCACGGACGAGCUAGAGACGAGUCGCCAAAGAAUACUUCCAGUUAGUUGCCGUUUCUUGUGACAUACUCAAUGCUGUGUUCUGAAAGGAUUCAGCAGUGUAGGUUCUGGAUGCUGUGCGCAGCAUCAUCCGUCAUGGAUUUGGCGUUGAGUGCUCAGAUGCCAUUUUGAGCUGUUGGUUUUUCUUUCUUCGCGCAGCAACAUGUCAGCGCAUGCCGUCAUCACAGGCUCCUGCCGCUGACCGCAAAGCUUCUGUGAAUAAGACAAGGGUGGUGAGCGCAAAGCUGUGAGCCGAAUUCAAUGCAAAAGAAGAUCUUACACCAACAAUUCAGGAUUGAAUCUUCCAGUGCCAGUCACAUCAUUUGUUGCUUUAAGCUCUGUGCACGUGCCUGGGAAAAAGGUAUAUGCGGAGGCUUUGACCAAUCCAGCCACGCGAUACACCAAGGUCUUUUUUUGGUACACAUGCUCGAAGAAACUGGUGGCAUCACGGAAUUUGAAGCAAACUUUCGCAGUUCCUUUCAAAAAACAGAUGGCUGUUGUUAGAUUCAGCCAACAGGGCUUUUCCUUUCGCACCUUUCUUCACUUGUGUUUUGGCCUUUGGGAGUGACAGCAAGACAGUUGCAAGCUGCUAAGCAGUCUUGUCACGGUCUGACGGGUGCAAUGCAAGGAACUUGCACACAGCAACUUUCAAAUGCACAUGGCCUUGGCUGUCUAUUUCGUUCUCACACUUUGCACCUCAGCUCUAUGCCAAUGAAAAGCAGAAUGGUGAGUAGGGCCUGUUGUCCAUCCUGACUUGCUUGGUUUCUUUGGCCUGUUUUGUUUGUCGCAAACAGUACUUGACCAUGAGUUUUG